AUGAAGGAGCCGACCGACAACCGUCCGGAGUUUUUCUGGAACUACCUAACAAAGACCAUGCGUCUUAAGCUGGAUAAGUGGACUAAAAUGAUAACAACCAACGAGUUUAGGGAUGUUGUUAUAGAGUUCUUGAACAAUCCCAAUAAGAAACGUAUAAUAUUCACAAUCAAUUCGGGUGGACAACUUUAUCCAUCCUACAGCUUUCCAGUCAGACCACGGUAUAAAGUUGCUUACUUUAUUCGGUAUUUAAUACCACUUCAUUUAACAGAUGAAAAUAUGCUUAAUUCGCUUCUUAUUGGUGAUCUAUUACCGAACCCAUUAGCAAAUUUAUCAGUACUUUGCGACGAAGUAUUUUUUCCACUGCUAAAUAACACAGUAAAUCAAGUGGGAUGGACCAAUGUGAUCGCAAACGAUAUGAAGACAGAGUCUCAAGAAAUGCGAAAUGGAAUUGCCCAGAUGAAAGGUCUCGUUAUAAACCGUACAAUUUUUCCUCUUCCUAUUUGUAUGGAUGAAGUCAUGCAAGCCGCUCCAGCUAUUGCCAUGGGGGAUAUUUCUGUAGUUAACCCUCUUAUGAAGCACUCGCUCGAGUUUAUGGUUGUAAAAUGGCUUGAUUCCGUUGAAGACCUCGUAAAUAUAAAAGCUGGAGAAAAAAUAUAUUCGAAAGAAAAUUUUCCACUACCAGAGGCAAUAUUUUCAUUUUGGGAGUCACGUUUGGAAAACCUUGAGAGCUUGGCUGAACAACUAGGAGAUAGGCGUAUAAAGACUAUUGGUUUCGUUCUUGAAAAAAUUCAAUCAAUUUUCGAGCAUUCUUAUCGGAGAAUUGUUGAAUUAGUACUUGAAUCUUUAGCAGAGGCUAGAGACAUAACUAAGUGCUUGUCCCCAUUGAAAAAAAAAUGGACAAGUUUGAAACAAACGAUAUGGACGAGAACCGAUCAGAUAUACGACCACUUAUGCUAACAGUUGGAUUAGUGUGGGGUCACUCGCGGUAUUUUCACACUUUGAAU